CAUUAAUUACUUCAUUCUUGAACUAAAUUCCUAUUGUUUGCAAUGGACAAGUUUCUUCAUUUUUUCGAAAACAAGAGCAUUCUUGUCAUUGGUGCCACUGGCUUUUUAGCAAAGGUUGUAAUUGAGAAGAUAAUGAGGGUUCAACCAGAAGUGAAGAAACUAUAUCUUCUUUUGAGGGCUGUGGAUUCUUCGUCAGCUCUACAUCGUUUCAAUACAGAGGUGAUGGAGAAUGAGUUGUUUAAGGUGGUGAGGGAGAAAUAUGGAGCAAAAUUGGAUUCCAUUAUUAAGGAAAAGGUGAGUGUGGUAUGCGGCGAUAUCACUCGUGAUUGCUUGGGAUUAGAAACCUCCAUUUUGGAAGAGGUGUUUGGACAAGUGGAUAUUAUCAUCAAUUCAGCCGCAACUACAAAUUUUGAUGAAAGAUACGAUAUAGCGUUGGGAAUCAACACAGUUGGAGCGGCAAAUGUUUUGAGUUUUGCGAAAAAAUGCAGCAAAUUGAGGACGUUGCUUCACGUUUCUACUGCAUAUGUGUGUGGAGAGAAGGAGGGACUUAUUCCAGAAACGCCAUUAAAAAUGGGUGAGGCAUUAAACAUGACUCCGGGAUUAAAUAUUGACAUGGAAAAGAAAAUUGUCGACGAUAAUCUCCGAUCGCUACAUUCAGCACCAGAAAAUCAUAUUAAAUCAAUGAUGAGAGAAUUAGGUCUCCAAAGGGCAAGGAAAUAUGGGUGGCCAAAUACUUACACUUUCACAAAGGCAAUGGGAGAAAUGAUGUUGGAACAAUUCAAAGAAAAUAUACCUCUCAUAAUAAUCCGUCCUACCAUAGUAACUAGUACUUUCAAACAACCCUUUCCGGGUUGGACUGAAGGAGUCAGGACCAUUGAUGCUUUUAUCAUUGGAUUUGGGACUGGAAAACUGACUUGCUAUCCAGGCAAUCCCAAAAUUACAUUAGACCUGAUUCCGGUAGACAUGGUGGUGAAUGCUAUGAUGGUAUCAAUAGCCACACAUGUGCACAAAACGACACCGAUGAUUUACCACGUCGGAUCUUCGGCAUCAAACCCGAUAUCAUAUCUUCGCAUUCGAGAUAUCAACACUCGUUUCUUCAUAGAAAAUCCAUGGAUGAGCCGAGAUGGAAAGCCUGUCAUUGUUACAAGGGGCACACAGUUGCCUACUAAGCUUGCUAUCCAAAUAUACAUCAACCUCAAUUACUUGAUUCCCAUUAAGAUUCUAUGUGUUGUAAAUGCAGCAAGUUUUGGAUAUUUUGAUAGAACCUAUAUUGAUCGUUCAAGAAAGGUCAAGUUCUUGAUGCGGAUGUUCGAUCUAUUUAGCCCUUAUAUGUUCUUCAGUAUAGUUUUCGACGACAUGAAUAUGGAAAAAUUGAAAAGCUCCGUAAACGAGAUGUGUGGUGAUAUCGAGAAUGAGAUUUUUAACUUUGAUCUGAAAAGUAUAAAUUGGGAUGAUUAUCUUAUGCAUACUCACAUUCCAGGCCUCGUCAAAUAUUCUUUCAAACGUUGAUUGAGUAAAUUAUGAUGCAUGUAUUAAAUUUAUUAAAUUGUGUGUAAUAUUAAAUUUUAAAUUAAAAUGAGUGCUAGACAUUUGUAAUUUUUCAUUUUACUAUGGGAGAUAUAAGUAGUUGUAUUUGUUCUUGUUUCCGCGGAGCGCUGGAUUGGUCGUCGACGAGCCCUCCUGCAAGGUUUUAACCUUUGGAAACAAGUUAUUAUGGCUGCGUUUGGGUUUUUUGUUGAGGUUUGGUUUGUGGUUGCGAGUUGGGAGACCGGAGAUUCUUGGGGACGAUGGUUAGGCCGGAGUUCCCGAAGUUUUUCCACUCCCUUCUGGCUUUAUGUUUUUGGCUUCUUUUUGCACGUUGGUGUUUUCCUUUUUGACGAGUACUCUUUU